GUGAGAUGUGUUGAGUGUGUGUUGUAUGAGGUGGGCGGGUCUUUCUCUUCACUGUCUUAAAGUUUGUGUCUCUGAUCUGAUCUCAGCAUUAUUCUACAGCACUGCUCAUCUUCACACAUCAACACCAAAUCACAAGAUGAUCACAAUAUUCUGCGCUUUCUUCACUCUUCUGACCUGUGUCAGUGGAGUGACUGUACUGACUCAGAGUCCAUUAAUCACAGCCAGUAAAGGACAAACGGCUAAACUGGACUGUAAUCUGGGGACCAUAACUAGUUAUGCUGGAUGGUACAAACAGACUCCAGGAGGAGUUCAUCAGCAUGUGUUAGUAUUUUACCAUGGCUGGAGCUCAGUUAAAUAUGGAUCUGGUUUCCCGGCUCCUAAAUUCACAUCAACACAUUCAUCUCAGUCAGAUUAUAGUCUGAUCAUCAGUAAUGUGGAUGUGGAUGAUUCUGCAGUGUAUUACUGUUACACAUGGGAUGGCUCUGUUAGUGAGGGGGUAUUCGGACAAGGAACAAAACUCAUUGUGACUGAUGAUGCUGCUGCUGCUCCUGUGCUGAACAUCCUCCGUCCAUCCAGAGAAGAGCUGAGCUCCAGUAAAGUCACUCUGGUGUGUCUGAUCAAUCACAUGUCUGGGGCUUUUGCUGAUGUGCGUUGGCUUGUGAACGGGAACUCAGUUACUGAAGGCGUCUUCACUGGAUCUGCUGAACAGCAGCCUGAUAAGAAAUUCAAGAUGAGCAGUUCUUUGACCACUGACAGAUCAGAGUGGGACAAAGACACACAGCUGACAUGUGAAGCAACUACUGCCUCAAAAACCACCAGCAAAAGCAUCAAGAAAUCUGACUGCAGCGACUGAACACAAAGAAUUUAAAGAGCUGUUUGAUUGUUUUAUGAUAGCACGUAAAUUUAUUUUGCUGACAUGGUGUAAUAGUAAUCAUGAAACUAAAAAUAGUCAAACAAUGCAACUUAGUAGCUUGAACUGUGUCAUUUUCUGCAGAAAAUAUUUCGGCUUUAAUGCUAAUGUAUGAUAAUUUACAACCUGUUUAAUAAACUGCAUUUA